AUGCCUCAAACAAAGAUAGCGACAUCGGGAUGGCAGCGACUGGGUCGUCGCAUCCUUGAGACCAGCUUUCGCACCCAUAUCCUAAUCUCCGCCCUGCUGCGGAUCUCUUUAAUUUGCUACGGACAAAUACACGACAGUCAGUCUGCCGUGCCCUACACGGAUAUAGAUUAUAAAGUGGUAACGGAUGGAGCUCGUCGAGUGCUGGAUGGCGACACGCCCUUCGCCAGGCACACUUACCGCUACAGCCCGAUUAUGGCCUACCUGCAGACGCUCAACGUACUGCUCCAUCCGGCGUGGGGUAAGCUAUUGUAUGCCACCUUCGAUCUACUCAUCGCCACGCUGAUUUACCGCCUGGUGCACAUGGAGAUCAAGAGUCAGUACCAGAAGACCGUGCAGCAUCUGCUGAGCAAGUUCAACAGGCCACGGGAGUCGGAUCAAUCGUUGGACGCUCUGGACGCACGAAGCCAUCCGGAGAACUUGGCCCGCGCCUCUGCCUGCUUCUGGCUCUACAAUCCACUGACGGCUGUUAUCUCAACCCGUGGAAGCGGCGACUGCUUCUCAAGCUUCUUCGUGAUACUCACCAUCUAUCUGUUGCUAAAAUCAGAGCACAAUGUCGCCAGGAGUCACUGGCUUAUAUUCUGCGCGGGCUUGGCUCACGGCCUGGUGAUCCAUCUGCGUCUGUAUCCGUUGCUGUUUAGUUUGGCGUACUAUCUGUCACUGUCCACACGCCUCACACAAACACCCCUCGAUUUCGUGUGCCAAAUCCUGCGUCCCAACAAGCAACAGUUGUGCCUGGUGAUCGGAACACUCGUCAGUCUGGUGGGCUUCACCUACACAUUCUACUCGAUGUACGGCUGGGAUUACAUCUACGAGGCUUAUCUGUAUCACUUUGUACGCAAGGACUCGCGACACAACUUUUCGCUGCAGUUCCUUCUGCAGUAUCUGGGCAGUGCAUCUAGUAUGGCCGAACCCUCUGCCAUCCUGAAACUCCUAGUGGUUGCCCCACAGUUCCUGCUCAUCCUCUACUUGAGCCUGAGUUUUGGCCAGUUCCGCCAGACCCUGCCGUUCUGCAUCUUUGCCCUGGCCUUCGUCAUCGUCACGUACAACUCGGUGGUCACCUCGCAGUACUUCAUCUGGUACCUGGCCAUCCUACCGCUCUGUUUGAACAACUUUAAGCUGCUGUCGUGGAGAAGGUGCUUUACUCUCCUCUGCCUUUGGCUGCUCGCCCAGGCACUGUGGCUGCUGCCGGCCUAUUUGCUGGAGUUCCGGACGUGGAACACUUUUUACUGGAUCGGAGCGCAGGGCGCCGUGUUUUUCGCCACCAACGGGUACAUUUUGGAGCAACUGUUGAGUCACUACGGGUUCACCCAAUUUAAGAUAAGCUACAGAAAGUUACUGUAAUCA